CGUCUCAAGACAGGCUUGCCAAGUUGAUUACUGCCCUUUCAAGACAUGCGGCUGAAUCAGUUUUCUUUGGCCGACAGUUACAGUAGCAAUAGCCGAUGAUGACAAAGUGGUGAGCUGAUUGUGGUUUCGGGAAAUUGUUGGUUGGCUGUCAGCAGUCGGUGAGAGAUGCAGUUACAGGGUAUUUGUAUCCGUGGUUGGAGAAGUGCAGUCAGUUGCCUUUUCCAUCCAUGGAUGUUUGAGGGGGAAACCUGUCCUUAUCAUAAUAGUCAUCAUCAUGAUCAGUCAAUACGGCGUUCCACGGAUUCAUAUAGUACUAUCAAACCAUAUCGGGAUGUAUCGCCUAUUUCAGGUAGCUAAAUAUCUAUGACGGGAGUCAUAGCGUGCAACCAUGAUGAGAUAGUUUCAUUACAACCCCUUCAGCUGCUGAGCUCAUCACAACUCAAGAGUAACCAGUCACAGUUUAUUUAGAGGAUAGCAACUCUCAGUGACAGAAUCAACGGCUAUCGCGUUGAAUACCUAAAUAGUCAGUGUUCUCGUUAUCUUCUCAGCUCACGAGCUGAGCUAUUGGCUUCGGGCAGUGCCUCUUCUAGUCCAAGUUAGGACUGUUCCAGCGGUUGGCUAGCAGAGGCCCGUAGCGCACUGAAGCCCCCUGAAGAGCGUUACCGGCGUUUGCCCAACAACGGCUAAGUGGAGGAGGAAGAGGGCGCUGAUGCGCCACCAAGCUUGCGAUCUCGAAGCUGUAGAUUCAUUUUAAUAAAUGUUCAUAGCUUUUAUUUAUUUGCCCAGCCCUAUCUAACUGUUGUCUGUCUCACAGUUGUUUGUAUCUUCUCUCUUUCUGCACCACGAUAUAUACAGUAUCUGCUAAGUUCCCGCCUGCAAACAGCUCAGCUCAACUGUCGAGUUCAGCUCAGGUGUAGUUUGCAAAUAGGAAGGUCGGGCACGUACUGUAUCCACUGCAUCCAUCCCGUGCAGUCUUAUCCUAUCCAAUCCAUCCAAUCCAUUCCCAUCGAGAAUUUACCGACUCGAAGCGAGCAAAAGAACGGACCGCUUCAACCUCCUUCUGCCUAAACUGAAGAGGGUAUCCUCGACGUCGGCACCCGCGAGAUCACGACAUCAUCACAUAUGAGAGUUGAGAAGGAGAAGACUCGAGACGUAACGACACAAGACGAGGCGAGACCAGACGAGACAAAUUUGCGAACCGAUGAAAUAACUCUCUUUAAAAUUAAAGUCAAGUCUUAGACCUUAAUGCCUUUCUUCCGUCCUUCCAUGAUCGUUCACGACCUUGUAUAAUGCCCCACGAGCACCGACCGACCUGCGACAUCUAAAUAGACUUUCUCUCUCUAUCUUUCUCUACCUGUCACAGCCUGCCCACGCCGAGCUCGACAUUCUACCUGACACGAUUCCGAUCAACGAACUGCAAUCUUUCGACCUUGUUUUUCUUAUUUCAAACUUCUCUCGAGUACGAAUCUCCAGCUUUUUGCAUAAACUUCAGCUCUUGCUAGUGCUCUGCCACAGCAACGUAACCGACCGUGCACAUCAUCAACCUCGAACUCGAAGCAUCCCUUCGGCCUGCAACUGAGUUGGCCUUUAUGAUAAGCAAUUAGAUUUGCUAUGAACGGGGAUCAACUGGCUUCAAGUUUUGCCAAUUCGAACUACCGCCCUCCAACUUCCGCAGAAACACCUGUCUCCGACUCCUUUCCCAGUCCCGUUUUCGAGACCCCCAAACCCGGGCAAGGUUCAGUCACCGACGCCGGGGGCUGGACUCCGCAUUUUGCUGAAGAAUAUUCCGUCAUCAACUCGACUCCUGGAAAUCUCCGUGGAUCUCAAAAUUCUUUCGUUGACUUUCGUGCUGCCACACCUUCCAGCAACCACAAGAGGCUGCUAUCCAACGACACUUUUGCUACUGAAAUUGCAACUCAUGUGAAUCACUUUUCGGACCAAAGUCUACCACUGCCGCCGGUCGAGCCAUCACGUCGCUUGGCCUCAUCCCCAAAUUCAGUAACUGCACCUCAAGAAUACAUAACCGAUACGACACCCCUGCCCAGUCCUGAUCCGGCCAAACACCCUCAAACCUCCAAGAAGGCUAGGAAAGCCGGAGUUCAGGGUGCAGAGCCCUCGCAGACAGCGACGCCGCCACCCACUGGACGUAGGGGAGCGCGGAAGCUCGCCGACAAGCUCAAUAUGCAAAAUGAUCAGUACUUCGGCCAGCCCGACUUCACUGGCAACUCUCAACAGCAACAGCAACAUGAUAUUGCUGCCUUGAUGGCUUCCUCUGGUGACAUGUUUGCAUAUCCCAUGACAGCACCUGCUGCCACGCCUAACACUUUCUGGGAUCCUUCGAUGGGUAUGGACUUUGACUUUAGUGCAUCGCCUUCCAAUGUCUUUCAGACGACGCCUGUUCAGCAUGGUGGCCAUCACCGCCACACAGGUUCCUUCGACUGGAAUAGCGAGGUACCACUCUUUCAAGACCCUAAUGCACCAUUUGCUUCCGCAGGUUCAGACCCUAUGCAAACCAUGCAACGUGACCGUCCUCUUGCACCAAAGCCUAUGGGUUCGGCAGGUGUUACUACAGCAAGUGCUGCCAUGUCUGCUGCCCUUUCCGCUCCUCUAGAUGACCCUUUUGGACUUGGACAGUCCAUGAAUGGAGUAAACCCGGGAUUGCUGUUUGAACCUCCACACAAUUCUGUUUUGGAUAACCCUGCCCUCAUCCCAGUGACACAGGCUGGCUCCGCCGAAGCCACCAUUUUCCAAUCGAGAUCAAGAACACCUUUGGGUGAAAACAUCCGCCAAUCAACGAGCAUGAAGGACCUGAGAGCUACAAAGGCACCCGAUCGUGCACUUGCACCAUCCCCUGUCAAGGCAAACCCUCGGCCCGGAAUGGGUAGGAGUUUCAGCGAAAACCGUGGCAAGAGAGCCCAACCACAGAACCGACCUGUACUACCCAAACUUGCACCGGCACGGCCAGUCUCACAAGCCAGCAAUGGCUCCAAUAGCGACAGUGCGCCCCCAAAUCGGCCUAUAGCCAAACCAACCGGAAGGUUGUCUCCAAUGAAGAGCCAACACCGCCUUUCGGGCUUGGCCUCCAUUCCUGAGGGGCCAGCACUGCAACACCAAUCCACUCGAACAGCUGUGAAAUUCACCAUCGACUCGAGGGGCAGAGCUCGUGCAGAGACAACGAUCGUGCCUAAUGAAUGGGAAUGGGAGCCCAGUGCCAAUCAUCCGGGACUCACUCGUGAUAGGAGUCGAACACCGCGAGACCUGGGUCCUUCGGACGAUGACGAAUCAUCCUCGGACGACGAGCCUAUCAUUAUUCCUAGCCGGAACAACUCGUUCAAUGCGUCCUUUGCUUUACCUGAUCCACUGAGACCAGUUGGGUCCAUCUUUCACUCUUCGCGACGUAGUAUUAGUGACAGGAGCACGGGUAGCAUACACGAUACUAUUGGAGGAUCGCAGCACGACGCGGAUAGUGAGAAUGAGACGAUGAUGUAUGAGCGCAAGGACAAGAUUGGGGAUGCUGCUAGUGAGCUUCGUAAGGUCAUGGAGGACCGAAGAAAGCGAUCGAAUCCAAUGGGACAGGGUGGACAACACCGCUCGUUUCAGGGUGGACACUUUGGCCCUUUUCGAGGUGACAGCAACUCGCCGUCGACCCUUACCGAGUCAAGCCUUAUAACAGAUAGACACGUCAGAUGUCUCUGUAGCCGAAAGGGGGCUGACGAGGGAGACGGCGCCAUGAUCCAGUGCGAGUCCUGUGAAAUGUGGCUCCACGGAAAAUGUAUCAAUCUCGACCUCAGGACUCAACCAAGAGUGUAUGUCUGCUCAUUCUGUGCUAACACACCGAACAUGCGAGGAGGCCGGAUGCGAGAUACGGGACGAGGAAACUUGAUGGGAAGUGUACCCGUAGCGUCUCCAUUGGCGAGCAAAUCAUUUAGGGCGUUUCGAUAAGGCAACAGGUUGUAUGAGCAUUUCUUGAAGGAGUAGACUGGAUGAAAGGAGUACUGGAUAACGAAUGCAUUUGAUCGAGUACAUACAUAAAUAUUGGCAUUUCAGACAAAAAUAUCACAUUCAGGGUCUAAGUAAUCCCCAGUUUCUUAGAAGGCGACCAAGUUAAGUGAGCACAUGCCAUCAAGGUCGUCGUGUAGGGGCCAAC